AUGAUGAAUUCAUGUCAAUUAUUGUGUGAACUUCAAGUUCAACCCCACGUGCCAAAGAGUUUCAUAUGGCCAAAAGAGUAUCUAGAGCAUGCUCAUCAAGAACUCCAAGCACCAGUGGUGGAUCUUGAAGGGUUUCUCAAUGGAGACAAUGAAUCCACACAAUAUGCAUCUAGUCUCAUAAAUGAGGCUUGUUUGAACCAUGGUUUUUUCCAAGUGAUUAACCAUGGUGUUGAUCCAGUUCUCAUUGCGCAAGCUUAUGAUCAAAUGGAUACUAUUUUUAAACUUCCAACUCAUAGGAAAGUGAGUGCUUAUAAAGUGCCUGGGUCAAUGUGGGGAUACUCUGGUGCUCAUGCUCAUCGUUUUUCUUCUAAACUUCCAUGGAAGGAAACUUUCUCUUUCCCUUAUUAUGUUGAUGACUUUGAGCCUGUGGUUGCUAACUACUUCACAUCUACCUUAGGGGGUGAUUUUCAACAAGCUGGUGUGACAUUCGAGAAGUACUGUAAGUCAAUGAAAGAGUUGGGAAUGAAGCUAACAGAGCUAUUGGCAAUAAGCUUAGGAGUGAAUGAUCGAUUGCAUUACAGGGAAUUGUUUGAAGAAGGUUGUUCCAUUAUGAGAUGUAACAAUUAUCCAUGUUGCCAGCAACCUAGUCUUGUCCUUGGGACAGGACCUCAUUGUGAUCCAACUUCUUUAACACUGCUUCAUCAAGAUCAAGUUGGAGGUCUUCAGGUUUUUGUUGAUGAUAAGUGGCACACGGUUCGACCCCUUCCUAACGCUCUCGUUGUUAACAUUGGUGAUACUUUUACGGCAUUAUCAAAUGGAAGGUACAAGAGUUGCCUCCAUAGGGCAGUGGUUAAUCAGCACAAACAGAGAAGGUCCUUAGCUUUCUUUCUGUGUCCCAAAGAAGAUAAGGUGGUGAGACCCCCUCAAGAUAUUAUUAGCAGAGAUGGGACCAAACUGUAUCCUGAUUUUACAUGGUCACAAUUGCUUCAUUUCACUCAAAAUUAUUACAGAGCAGAUGAAUCCACACUCUCAAACUUCACCAACUGGUUGAUAUCUUCCAAACCACAAAUUUAA